AUUCUGUGCCCAUUGAUAUAUAACUUACAUGCUUUUGUUUCUAUUUGAAGGUUUUAUGGCCUGUGGCUGUGUGAGGUUACAGGUUCAUGCACCUUAAAAUGCACCAUGAGUGACUUGGGGCUCAAUGAUGAUGAUGAUGAGUAUGUUGACGUAAUUGAAGAUUUUUCAUACACGUAUCAGGGACGGAACCACAGAAUUUACCGAAAUGAACGCUACUUGGUGCUUCAGAAGAGAACUGAUUGGUGGCAGAUUGUUGACACAAAUAAGAAGGUCAUCUGGGCACCCAAGUCAUACCUCCGCCUUGCUAAGAUCACGACGCAGCAGAAGAAAGACACGUUGAAAGCAAAGUUUCAGCGAUCUCCUGAGGUGGCUGCAGGUCUCGGCAGCAGCAGCAACUCUCCUGCGCUUGAUGCAGAGCAAGCCCGACUCCUUGCGUGGUUAAAACAAGACCUGGCACAGGACUAUCAACGUUCACUACAUCAGAAGCAAUAUACUGAAUCAGAAUCUUUACAAUCAAAUCGACAAAGCUUGAAGAAAAAGGAAGGUAGGUACUCUAAAAAGGAUAUUAGCCAUCCUGUGCCAAACACCUACACACUACCACAUGUUGAAAUCAAAGACACUGAGGAUUCCAGCAACUAUCAAAAUAGGAAGAAACCACAGAAGAUAACAAAGGAGGAUAUCAGUCGGCCUAUAUUAUUUUCUCAUUUUCCUAACUCGUUGCAGCAAACUCCAGCACUUGUUCCUGGGUGCCGAGAGUCCCAGUCAAAUGCCUCCUCAAUAUCUGACUAUAACAGGAAUCCAGUUGAUGCCUUCCUCACUCACAGCAAUGGAGGCUCAGGCAAGUCAUCUCGCCUGAGCCUGUGUGAAGGCAGUGUCUGCAGCUCUGACUCCUUAGAUGACAUUAUAGAAGAAUCUGAUACUCUUUGUAGUGGCAGAUUCAGUACAAUUGAACACGUGAACUCGGAGUAUUCUAGUCGCAAUGUUAAGAGCGGGAAAGCUUCUAGUGAUGAACAGCUUGAUAGUCCCCCUAGUUUUAUUGAUCACAUGUUGAAUAAUUCAUUGUCAUCCAGAAAUAGAUCAAAUUCUGUAGAUUUCAAAUCUUUAUCUCGAGAUCGGUUUUAUGCGGACGCUAAUGACAAUGUGAAGAAAAGUAUCAAAGCUACCGAUGAUGAGCGCGUCCUACGGCGCCGGUCGCUGGUCAUGGACGAGAUCAGGCCACAGAACAGCUCCUACCCACGGACCGUCACUGACGACAUCGACGUGUCACACUGGAUUGACUCUCCUCCACCAUCGCUCCCUCCAAAGAAAAACAAAAGCAAGGUCAACAAGAGUAAUUUGCUAAGUGACACUUCCAAUCAGGAAAUCAUGAGGCAUUUACAACCUUUAAACCAGCAUGUACCACAGCCUGAAACUCAUGGUGAUCUUGUCAAAGAUGGUACCUAUGACGGCAGUAAUUACAGAUCUGAGCAUUUUGCCUAUGGACAAGAACCUCUACCUUUACUGCAAGACAGCAAAAUGUUGAGUUUUGUUGGCAACCAGGCAGGUCAAUUUAACGUAAAGGAACAAUAUCCUGCUUCAUUAGAACAUUCCUCUAGAAAUUCUGCAGCUCUGACAGGCGGAUCUGCCUGCAGAAUUGCUCUCACCAAGACGCUGUCACAGGAGGAUGAACCUGGCAGCCAGAAACCUCCCCUGACGAACACCAUGUCAAGAAGUUACACUUGCAUUGGUACGUUCUCCAACUCGGAGCACAAUAAACACAAUCCUGCAGCUGGAAUAAUCAAUAGAGGAGAUGACUUCAAGAGAUCUUUCAAAGAGAAAUCUGAGGCAUCAAAGCGCAAGGGAAGCAUCCGCAAUUUCUUCUCGAGGGGAACUUCGAAGCAGGCUGAUCCCAAGAGACGCGAGUCAGUGCCCCAUCCCAAUCAAGAUGUUGCAGUUAAAGUUCCUCAGUGUCCGCCAUCUCCCAGCCCGAAACACAAGCCCCUGCGAGAGCUUCAUGAUGAAUGGGUUGAGUAUUGGAGUCCUGAGGACAACUGCUCUUUCUAUUAUAACAGAACAACAAAAGAACACAGAAGGAAGCCUCCUCGUAAAGUUCAGCAGAAACACGAGCAUUCAAAUAAUGACCUGCAAGCAGAUGUCGGUGAGCGCCCUAACGGUGGAGGCGCGCCUGUAUUGGGCAACUUCAUCACUGACACUAUGGCCCCCAACCACGAUUAUUGGGGCCAGCGCAGUCUUACGCCCUCCUCAAUGACCAGCAGCGGAAGCUCCUACGUGGAGCCUCUUCUCGUACCGCAAGCAUUCCAGCAGUCGCAACAUCUGCGGCCGCCUCAGCCUUCGUCCAUAGACAGCAUAUCUUCCAGUGCUAGCUCAGGGGGCAACCACGCCAGCUCUGACCUGUCUCGAGGCCAUGCAGAAGCCAGCAACUCCAAAGCUCAUUUGAUGCCACAGACCAAUCAAAAUUUGAAUUUAUUGUCAGCACAGCAUCACUGCAAUGGUGCUUGUCAUGAUCGUACCAUGACAGGUAAUGAUCCAGGCGCCACUGAGGACCAAAUAUCUGCUCCCAACUUGUCUGGUGACACACCAAGUUACGUGUGGCAGUCGCUACCAGCGCAGCAGCACCAGCACAGCCCUGCGCUGCCUCCCCGGCCUCCUCAUGGGGCAAAACCAACGUCAUCUGCCGACCCUUCAGACACGAUCAACGAAACGGACUGCGUGAGGGAAGCCCUGGCCGACGUUCACAUCCCCAGCUGCUACGAGAGGGAGGAGGACGACGUGUUAUUCACCAACAAAAUAACUGGUGAAAAGUGGCAGGCGUAUAGCACUACAGACGGCAGAAUUUACUACAACAAUGAAAACCAUGGAUCCACCUGGACUCUUCCUGACACUUCCUCGCACCAUCAAGACCGGGUCCCCGCUGGGGACGAGGCUCGCCUGCAGGACAACCAAGAGGCGCCACCCGAGUCCCCCAUCACGCCAGGGUGUCCCGGUGACUCAGGCGUACUUCACCUGAAGGAGGGCUGGCUGCAGCGUACGCUCUACUCCCGCGAGCACAAGAAGGUGCGCAAGAACUGGACCUCCUCCUACGUCAUCCUCGCCCUCAGGAGUCCCGAGGACGGCAUGUUUCUGCCCUCGACCCAGGCGGGCGGCGACUCCCCUCCUCUGGCUCGAUAUUUCUUCAUUUUCGCCAAAAACCCUGAUGGCAAAAAGGCAAGCUUGAGGGAGCACUUCGAGCUCCUAGAACCCGUAAAGAUCGCCCUCGGUGACGACAAGAACAAGAGCAGCAAGAUCAACGUCCUCUCGCUCACCAACGCUGCUGGCACUGAACUGCUCCUCCGCAGUGAUGAACUCAGCGUCAUACAAGACUGGCAUGCUCCCCGCAAGUCACGGCGCAGCGACAACAAGGUGGCAGCAGAAGGAGAGUUCGAUGGUCUAUCCAGCGAACAGCGCACCAUCCGCACCAAGCUCCUCGACUUCAUCAAGCGACGUCCGCCUGCCGAAGUUCUUACCAAGAAAGGCAUCAUCCGCGAUUCAGUGUUUGGCAACAGUAUUGCCGAAUUAUGUCGGCAAGAGAAGACCAAAGUUCCAUUGUUCGUCUUGCUCUGCAUAAAAGCCAUCGAGAACAAAGAGUGCAACCUCAAGACUGAUGGACUCUACAGAAUUUCUGGCAAUGCAGCACGAAUACAGAGAAUCAGAUACGAGGUUGCCAAAAACAACUACGAAGUUCUUAAUGAAGAGAAAGACGUCUACAAUUUGUCUGGGGCGUUGAAGCUUUUCUUCAGAGAGCUGCGGGAACCUCUGGUGCCGUUCAACGCUUACGACGCAUUCAUCAACUGGAGUAAUACGCUACAGCGGGGCGGCCGACAUCUUGAUGAACUGCAAGCGGCCACCAAGAAGAUGCCUGUAGAGAAUUUGGAGACCUUAAAGCUCCUUCUGCGUCAUCUGAAGAGAGUGUGCGAGCACAGCGCGCACAACCGCAUGAGUCCUAAGAACCUGGCGAUUGUGUUCGGCCCCUGCCUGAUGUGGCCGCCAGAGAGCACGGCAGGGCGCGACCUCAUGUUGGAGGCCAUGGUCCACAACGUCGUCGUCGAGGGACUCCUCAUGCACUUCGAAUGAACUUCUUCAGCCUUCAUUAAUUUCUGCUUAAUUUUUAAUAGAUACCUAAAUUCAAACCAAGCUGUCACGCUUACAUUUCGUCCGCUAUUAAUCGCCAAUGAACCAUGUAGCCUUUGUCGGAUAGAAGAGUUGUUAUGUGAGAAUAUUCUUCUGUGGAAUUUUUUAUUCGUUCAAGUGCUAGUAUUCCUGCUAUCAAAACGUCAUCCUACAAACCUUACUUAGUCAAGGGUGUAGGGAAUUUAAGUUGUAAAGUCAAGUAAAUGUUGCCUAUAUGUGCGACAAUAUUGUUUCUUCCCUAAUCGUAUUGCUCAUGAGAUGCUAAUGUUGCAAUGGUCGUUUGAUGGGACUUUGUUGGUGUAGAUAAACUAAAAUAAUAUCUAUGAUAGUCUGCCUUUUAUUUGCUUGUCAUUGCUAAGAAACGACUCGUCAGAGUCUCUAUGUUCCUCGUUGUUUCGAUGACGUCAUUCCGUUGACUGAAUUGCAAUGCUCUGCUAAUCAGUCUGUCUAAUUCAGCCAAUUAUAAUGUACCAAUUUUGAUUCAAAUAAUGUAUAGAGUAUUCAACUAUUAUCCUGCUUGAUAAUGAUAAUAUAUCACUGCUUCGAAAUAAUUACUUCCAUAUAAUGAAAUAGUUAUAAAUAUGAAAUUUCACUACGAAAUUGCACAUAGACAUUAUUUAUAUGAACUACUUAUCUAAAAUUAAAAGGAGAGAUGCAUGGGCGUCACCAUCGAACACAAUGUUCUUAAUUUAAGUCUUUGAUUGUUGGUAAACGUUGUCACGAUGUCGAGUGUUCAUUCCCUUGAAGGGAUUUAAUUGUAUUGCUUGAGCUCCAGCUUUGUUGGCUAUAUUUUCUGUGCUGCUUCCUUCCUUCUCAAUGAUUUACCAUUGCAAUCGCAUUGUUAUUUGUUGCAAUCGCUUUUAUCUUGGCACAGUGUCAGUGUGGUGCUGUGAGUGCCAGUGUGGUGCUGUGAGUGCCAGUGUGGUGCUGUGAGUGACAGUGUGGUGCUGUGAGUGCCAGUGUCGUGCUGUGAGUGCCAGUGUCGUGCUGUGAGUGCCAGUGUCAUGCUGUGAGUGCCAGUGUCAUGCUGUGAGUGCCAGUGUCAUGCUGUGAGUGACAGUGUCGUGCUGUGAGUGCCAGUGUCAUGCUGUGAGUGACAGUGUCGUGCUGUGAGUGACAGUGUCAUGCUGUGAGUGACAGUGUGGUGCUGUGAGUGCCAGUGUCUUGCUGUGAGUGCCAGUGUUGUGCUGUGAGUGCCAGUGUCGUGCUGUGAGUGACAGUGUCGUGCUGUGAGUGACAGUGUCGUGCUGUAAACAACAAGUUUGAUAUGCUUUGCGGCAGCAAUGACAGUGGCCGUACUGUCACUAUACUUGCUAUGCACCUUCAUUAUCAUGCUGCCUGGCUAGUGGACUUCUCUCUCCCAGUGUUGGCUGUGCCGACUUCCACUCUUUUACUCCUGGCUUAGUUUAUUGCCUUGUUAUGAAUCUAUU